UUCCAGUAGUGGGAUGUACCGGGGAGCAGAGCUGCUUUAAUCAUGGCGGCGGGCGACCAGCAGGCUGUACACCGGCCAGGAACUUUCAAGCAGCAGAAUAAACCGCACAAGACUGGUCGGCACCGAGGCCGCGGAGCCCAGGAUCGUGAGAACAAAGGACGCGUACCUGUGAAAGUUCUCAGCAAAAAACUAAAAAAAAACUUAAGUAAACUGGACAGGAGACAUAAAGCCAACCAGAUCCGCAGACACAGGAAAGAUGCUGUGCUCACAGAGAAGCGCAACUUGGGUAGCAAAGAUGGCCCCCCACACCUUGUGGUUGUGGUUCCCCUCCAUGCAAGUGUGGUUAUGGGCAGCCUCUUGAAUCUGGUACAGAGCAACGAGGGUUAUAUACUUCAUGAAGACGACGCCAAGAGCGGCAAGUUUGCUCUCGUGUGUCCUAAGAUGAAGCAGCGAUGGCGUUUCGUUCAAGCUAACACUGGUGACCUGCAUUCUGUGCUGGAUCUGGCCAAAGUGGCGGAUACCCUGCUGUUUGUCCUGGACCCCCAGGAGGGAUGGGACAGUUAUGGAGACUACUGCCUCUCGUGCCUGUUUGCUCAGGGCCUGCCUAGUUUAGUGCUUGCGGUGCAGGGUAUGGGCGAGAUCCCAAUAAAGAAGAGAAAUGAUACGAAGAAACAGCUGAGUAAGGUGGCCGAGAAGAGAUUCCCCGAUGCCAAGCUGUUCCAUCUGGACACAGCACAAGAAGCCUCUUUGCUCUUGAGACAGAUCACCACCCAGAAGCAGAGACACUUGACCUUCAGAGACAGACGUUGUUAUAUGCUGGCGCACAGAGCAGAUUUUCAGCCGUCCGAUGAGAGUGGCCUGGUGGGCACAUUGAAAGUGUCAGGCUACAUCCGGGGCCAGGGACUCAACGUUAACAGAUUGAUUCAUAUUGUUGGCCAUGGUGACUUUCAGAUGUCUCAGAUUGAUGCCCCUCCUGACCCGUAUCCACUGAACCCCCGAGUCCACAAGACCAGAAAAGGAGAGGAUGUGGAAAUGGCGGAAGAACCUGGUAAUUGUGCAGAGAUGGAGGAGGAUGUGAAGGUUCUGAUGAAGGCUGAUCCAUCUGUACAAGAAUCUCUGCAGUCUGAGGUAGUUCCUGAUCCUAUGGAAGGCGAACAGACCUGGCCUACUGAGGAAGAGCUCAAGGAAGCUGAGGAUUCCUUAAAAGUGAAGGUACAAAGAAAGGUUCCCAAAGGUACAUCCACGUACCAGGCCGCAUGGAUCUUGGAUGAAGAGGAAAGUGAUGGCGAAGGAGAUAGUGAAGAUGAUGACAUGGAUGAGGAUCAGGAAGAUGCUAUGGAUGAAGCAGUUUCAGAGGACGAGGAAGGUAGUGCUGAAGAGCCAGAGGAAGAGAGUGAGACAGUCACUAUCCCAGACAGCACUCGGGAUGACAAAUACGAUGAAAACCUGGACGAGGCAGAGGAAGAACAAAUGUUGGAGAAAUAUAAAUUGCAACGAGAGGAUGCAAUGUUCCCAGAUGAGGUGGACACCCCACGAGAUCAGCUGGCUAGAAUCCGGUUUCAAAAGUUUCGUGGAUUGAAAAGCUUUCGCACAUCACCAUGGGAUCCUAAAGAGAAUCUUCCCAGAGAUUAUGCUCGCAUCUUCCAGUUUCAUGACUUUUUCAGAACCAGAAAACGUAUUUUCAGAGAAUUGGAGGAGGAGGAGAAUGAAGGCGCCAUGGUUGGCUGGUAUGUCACAGUACACAUCACUGGAGUACCAGUCUCUGUGUUGGAACACUACAGACAGGGGGCGCCACUUGUUCUCUAUUCACUUCUUCCUCAUGAACAGAAGAUGUCUGUUGUGAACAUGUUGGUGAGGAGACACGCCGGCAACACUGAGCCAGUGCAGGCUAAAGAAGAAAUCAUAUUUCACUGUGGCUUUCGACGUUUCCGAGCAGCACCCCUGUACUCCCAGCACACGUCCGCGGAUAAACACAAAUCUGAGCGGUUCCUGCGUUCUGAUGCAGCUGUGGUGGUCACCGCUUAUGCCCCCAUUACUUUCCCAACAGCCUCAGUAUUAAUGUUCAAGCAGCGCAGCAAUGGAAUGCAUGAUCUGAUUGCCACUGGCUCUCUCCUGAGUGUGGACCCGGACAGGAUUGUUAUCAAGAGGGUGGUGUUGAGUGGUCACCCAUUUAAGAUAAUGAAAAAAACUGCAGUGGUGCGCUACAUGUUCUUUAACAGAGAGGAUGUGUUGUGGUUUAAACCAGUGGAGCUGCGUACAAAGUGGGGUCGUAGAGGACAUAUCAAGGAACCCCUAGGAACUCAUGGACACAUGAAGUGCCAUUUUGAUGGACAGCUGAAGUCCCAGGACACUGUAUUAAUGAACCUAUACAAACGCGUGUAUCCUAAAUGGAUCUAUGACCCAUACGUGCCUCCCCCUGCGACCUGGGUGAAGAGCGAGUUUCAGAUAGAUCUGGCAGAAGUAGAGAUGGAAUAAAUCUUUGGG